CUCCCCCCGGGGCUGAUGGCGGAGGCAAAGGCCGCGGGCGGCCCGGAUCCGGCCCCUGGCCAUGCCGCGGAAAGCCUGGAAGCCCCGACCGGCGGUACUGGCGGCAGCCCAGGGGAUCCUCUCGGGGCCACACGGGGCCAGGCAGGUCGCAAUCUGAAGGAGUGGCUGAAGGAACAAUUCUGUGACCACCCCAUCGAGCACUGUGAGGACACUCGACUGCAUGAUGCCGCUUAUGUGGGGGACUUGCAAACCAUUAAAAACCUGUUGGAGGAAGAGAGCUUCCAAAGCCGCAUCAAUGAGAAAUCUGUGUGGUGUUGUGGUUGGCUGCCUUGUACACCGCUGCGGAUUGCUGCCACGGCAGGACAUGGAAACUGUGUGGAUUUCCUGAUUCAGAAAGGGGCAGAGAUUGAUCUUGUGGACGUGAAAGGGCAAACUGCCCUGUACGUAGCUGUUGUGCAUGGGCAUCUGGAAUGCGCACAGAUCCUUCUGCAAGCCGGAGCUGACCCCAAUGGGAGCCGUCACCACCGCAGCACCCCAGUGUAUCAUGCUGCCCGGGUAGGCAGCACUGACAUCCUGAGAGAGCUGAUCAGGUAUGGCGCUGAUGUGGAUGUAAAUCACCAUUUGAUCUCGGGGACCCCCAGCUCAUCUUCCCGGCCGCUCACAUCCCUGGUGGUCUGCCCGUUGUACAUUAGUGCAGCCUAUCACAACCUGCCGUGCUUCCGGCUGAUUCUGCAAGCAGGAGCCAACCCAGAUUUUAACUCCUAUGGCCCCGUCGACAUCCAGGGCUUCUCCAGGGGCUCUGCUGUGUGUGUAAUGGAUGCAGUCUUGAGACAUGGGUGUGAUGUGGCUUUUGUCAGCCUCUUGAUUGACUUCGGUGCCAACUUGAAUCUGGUGAAAUGGGAGACUCUGGGAGAAGGAGCUACAGGAAGGAUCAAAGUGAACCCAGAAGCUUUGCAGGUGUUCAAAGAAGCCAGGAGCUGCCCUAGGAGUUUGAUGUCUUUGUGCCGCGUGGCAGUACGAAGGACACUCGGGAAGCCUCGUCUGCAGCUCAUCCAUGCUCUUCCAGUGCCAGACCCAAUCAUAAAUUUUUUACUCCAUAAACAGCAGUAAGGUCUCCUUGGAUGUUUUGGAGGACAAUUUCCCUUCCUUCCUUCCUUCCUUCCUUCCUUCCUU